AGUGCGGCCGACUGAACCUGAACUCAGUCCGAAAUUUUUGCCCUGUAGCCUCUAAAAACUACACUAUUCAUCACCGCCCCACCACCGAGCUGGACGUGUUUGUUUAAUACAAUGGUGGACUGAUGUGUGAACCGACGAGACGCUUUCGCGCAGCGGGAGAUUUGCUCCUUUGCCGGGACGAGCCUUUCAGCCGAGCCCGGGGGACCAAGACAGCCAGAUGAGAGCGAGGAAAGCCCCCCGACGCUUCUGGUAAUAACCGGGUACGUGGAUACAGCUAGCCUGCCCCAAACUGCCUCACCAAUUCCUGCUGAGAGUGAGACCCAGACAGCCUUCACGGUGGAAACGAGAAGAAGAGCGAAGAUGAACGCUGUGCGGGGGGGCACAGUCACCUGGCGUCCCCAGCCCUGGCAGGAUGGGGACGGGGGAGGAGGAGAGCCUCUGUCAGACAGCGACUCAGAGGAGGAGGACUUUCCUGAUGACAGCACCACGCCGCUGGGAGACUACAUCACACAUGGAUUGAAGCAGCUCCUGGAUGCUCAGCAGCUGUGUGAUGUUACUCUCCUUGUUGAGGGAAAGAAGUUCAUGUGUCACAGAGUCCUCCUAGCAGCAGUGAGCCCGUACUUUCGGGCCAUGUUCACCAGCCCUCUGGUCGAGUCCCGCCUCACUGAGAUCCGACUGGAGGAGGUGACGCCGUCUGUCAUGGAGACUGUCAUCCAGUUUGUGUACACCGGGGAGGCGGGGCUUUCUCUCGACACAGCCGAGGACCUGUUUGUGGCCGCCAAUCGGCUUCAGGUCAUGCCCCUUCAGGACCUGUGCUCCAGGUUUUUAUUUGAGCACCUCUCCGUGGAUAACUGUCUGGGGAUGUACUCUCUGGCUCGCUCUCACCAUGACCAGCUGCUGCUGCGUGCCUCCCUGCGGCUGGUAGCCCAGCACUUCCCCCGGGUGGCCCGGCAGAAAGACUUCCUCCUGCUCGACCACGGCACCUUAGGCAGCCUCCUGAGCUCUGACCGUCUGGGGGUGGACUCCGAAGCAGAGGUUUACGACGCGGCACGCCGCUGGGCAGAGCACCAACCAUUGGAUCGCUACGUCCACAUGCCGGCGCUGCUCCACCACCUGCGGCCGGGGCUGCUGUCCCAGGAAGAGAGCCGAAGACUGUGCCAGGAGCUGGGGCCUGCUGCGGCCGGUGAGGGCCUUGGGGGGCCUCUGAGACCACGGGAGGGCAUGUUUGAGAAGAAGAUAGUCUGUGUGGACCUGACACCUCGGGAAGAUGAGAAUGUAGCUGCAAGAGACUACACAGUGGACUGCUUUGAUCCUCGGACAGGGAAGUGGGAGAAGUUAGCAGCGCUGGGUUCGCUGGUCAGUCCCGGCUGUACGGCUGUAGGUGACCGGCUGUUUGUAGCAGGUGGGAUCUUGCGGACAGGUUCUGUGUCUGCAGCCGUGCAUGAAUAUGAUGCAGUGUUGGACCGCUGGAUAGAGCGGCCGUCCAUGGUCCAGCCGCGGGCCAUGCUCGGCCUGCUGGGCUGUGGAGAGUCACUCUAUGCCUUGGGUGGAAGUAACCGCUCAGCUUUGCUGGACUCCAGUGAGACCCUGGAGCUGAAUACACUUCAGUGGGCACCGGGGCCCCGGUUACCGCUCCCUCUGCGCGCCUUCGCCUGCGCAGCGUUGCGUGGACGACUUUACCUUCUGGGUGGAACCACACUCGAACAGAACCGGGCUGUGGUCCACUCGGGGGUGCUUAUUUAUCACACCCUAACAGACUGCUGGACACGUGUGGCUCUGGACUCUGGCGCCACCUGUCUCGCUGGAGGAGUAGCAGUGCGAGGAGGAGUCUGUGCCAUCGGGGGAUACAUGAGAGAUACCACCAAGUUCCUGGAUGGAAAUUACACCAAUCUGGAGACGUUAGACGCCACUGGGCGUGUACUGUUUUUCAGAGAGGGCAGAGGGUCUGGAGUAGAGAGGGAGGUGACUGGGGGAGGGGUGAUGGUCACAGCGGAGCAGCGGGGGGGUGCAGGUGGUGGAAGCGACCGAGCCCCGAGCCCUGUGGUAUUUCCCGGGCUGCCCCGACGGAUUGCUGCUGGAGGUGUGGCCAGGUGGAAACGCAGGAUUUAUGUGCUGGGUGGGGAAAACGGCUCGCGGUUCUAUGACAGUGUGUACUGUUGGAAGCCCGGCUGGCGCAGCUGGGUCCAGAGACGGGAGAAACUCCCCGGAGACACUGGGGGAGUGAGCCAGUUUGGGUGUACCACUUUAAAGUUCCCUAAGAAACACAUCCUGUCCAGACUGAGACUAGCCAAAGAAAACUGCAAGAAGACCGCCGACUAGCUCGAUAGGGACCAAUAUGAGUGAAGUGGAGGCCAGAUGUUCAUGUGACACAGAGAUGAGCUCCAGGCUGAGUUUGAAUUAGCUCCGACUUGAUCUCAUGAAAUGUUGGUGUUGAGAUGAAGUCAGAAGGAAGAGAGCAUUUUAUGCAAUCUGAGUGCAGCCACAGAGUAAGCCUGUGAAGGGCAGGAUGCAGACAGAUGGUCAAAUGUACAGGCAGGGAGCAAGUGGAGUUAGAAAGUGGUUGAAAAUCAGGCAACAAGCACCUGAAUGUAACCUAAUCCACAAUUUGUCAGAACAGCAAAGUCCUUUGAGAGAGAAAGGGCCUGCUUAUUGUUUUCUCAUAGUGUAAAGUUAUUUUCAGAUCUAUGCUGGCGCCAUUUUUAAGGCUGACUGGAAACCGUUGCAAUGCUGAUUAUUUUUCAGCAGUAUUUAGUUUAGACACAAGGACAUUGGCACAGUUUGACCAUGCUGUGUUCCACUUUAUUUGCAAUUUGUUUCAUCUCUUAAGUGGGCCUGUGAAGCCCUUUGAUACUGCUAUUAAGGGCUAUGCAAAUAAACCUGACUUGAGUUAAACAUAUCAUAGGAAAUGCACAUAUUUUACAUAAACUUCUUGCAAGUAGACAGGUUUCACUUGCACUAUUAUUUAUUUUUAAUCGGCAACGACAAAAUGGAAACAAAAAAUGUGUUUUGGCACAUGUAUUUCAGGAUGUGAGUUGCAAACGUGCAUUUUAAAAUGAGCGGAAAGUUUCGUUACUAACUCAUAAACCAAUGAAGAGGUGGAUGUUUUUUGUCUUUGACUCAUGCUGUAUUGAUCCCUUAGGGGAAAUUAUGUUUUUUUCUCCGUUGUUAUUUUUAUGCAUUACGCACAAACCCGAAAUACACACGUGCACAACCAAGCGUUGUAUUGAUCCCUCAUCAUAGGAGAGGACAUUAGUCACAUCGGCAUCGUCAUAACUGCAUAAAACCUCAGCGGGCUCUGUAUGGCAAAUCAACGGUUAAUCUCUCGAAACAUCGGACCUGCAUCAUCUUUCUCAAGACGCUGCCCAGUGUUUAACUGUUGCAAAGCCUUGUUUACUCUUUUCUCUUGAUGCAGGCAGUCAGAUCGCUCUAACUGAUCCUAAAUAUGGCGGCCCAUGUAUAAACACAACCAAGAUAGUGUCUUUUCCCUUGGAGGAAGCUGUGCUCCUGUCCGGAGUUCUUAAAAACUCUCAAAAAGGUCCUGCAGCAAAUAAGUGGAACAUAGCAGUGGGAAAAAUGUGCAGAUAGGGCUGGAUGAUAUGCAAAAAAAAAUAAAAUGAUUGCCAGAACACAGUCGUGCAAAUGAAAACAUGAACUGUCCUUCUCGCGAGCGUGAUUUCACUGACAGAAGGUACACGUGUCGGGUUGUCAUGACCCGCAGCAUCCUUGUGUCUAGACUACCGCAGCUUUCCUAAAACCUUCAAGCCAGGUGAACAGUCGUCUUUACUUGAUUCAGCAGCUGCGUCAAAAUGACAUUUUUGUUUCCAUAGCUCCAGUCACAGGACUCAUGAAUGUGUUUGGCAUGGAGCUUAUGGAUUAUCUGAACACAUAAGCACUGCACCUAAUUUAUUGAAAUGUAUUUCAAAGGUUUUUUUUGUUGUUGUUUUGGAACUUUUUUUGCUCUGACUGCAGAGCCCGGGCGUCCUGCAGGGUGGCACUAUAAGCUCAGACAGAGCUGUCAAACAGAAGCAGUUGUGUUGGGAUGUGAAAGCGACUGAGUGAUUUUUGUUUCUUAAAUUCUGAUUUCUGAUUUGUAUCAGGAAGUUUGCCCACAGAUGUAAGCACGUUGUUUUGCUGUAAGCCGCUAUUUUCCCUUUUUUCUUCUGUUUUCCUCUUUUAUUUAUUCACAUUGAUCAAAUCCAAAUAUUUCUGCGUAGGAAAACACUGCCAGCUGUGUUUGAACAUGGGAGAAGUCUACCAGUGUUGUCAUCAGAUGGCAAAUCUAGCAAACAGGGCCAUAAAAAAUAUGUAUAUUUCAGAUUUCUGUCAUUAUCGAAGCACACAGAGUUAUGAAACUGAAAGCUUAAAGUCACAUCGGAAAAUGUCACUGAGCGAUUUCUUUAGCUUUAAAAUGAAUGGGUUUCAAUAGGAACAGUCAGUUCUUAGAUGCAUUGCAAUUCUCUUUUCAAAGAUAAUGUUGCACUGCAGAGGAGACAAUUUUCUGAAAUUUAAAACCCAAUUCUCGUCAAUUUUGAAAGUUCCUUACAGGUGAACCAAUUAGAUGGUGAAACGCAACAAAUGCAGACAUAUGCGUCAUGUUCAUGUUCUGCUACAUUAAAAAAGAGAAAAUUAAUCUUUUUAAACAUGGACCAUUAAAAUACGUUAUUUUUCAAAGCCAAUGGUCAGAGGGAGAAAAAAUAAACCACGUAUAAUGAUAAUUGUUUUAUAAUGGCAUCAUAGCCCUAAAAAUCCAAUCGAAACGUGGUGCAGAGAGAUUCCCACCUCCCUGUUUCAAAUACUAAAACACAGCAGGGAUCUGUAUUUGGAGCCCAUUUAAUAUCGAAAUUGUUGACUUGAACUCACCACCUUAACGUAACUGCAGGCCAGAGAUUACGUUUCUGAUGUAACUUUAGGUUGGUUGACACCAAUACAGUUUAGAUAACUGUAAAUACAUAUAAUUUGUGUGUCUGUAAUGGCAAAGUAAGAUCUCUUUUUUAAGUCUUAAAACUGGAAUAAGACAAAGUGCGACUCUCUGCAGGACUUGAGUUGUUCCGAUAUCAGUACCAUUUUCAGAUAUGCCACAGAUCGUGCCCAAAAUGAUGGAGAAGAUAUCGGCGGGCACACAGUCUAUGCAUUGUUCCGAUACCAAGUGAUUUAUUAAUAGAGUUUAAAGCAGUUUUACACCUGCAUAAAACAGCAGUCUUCCCAUGAAUCCAUUCUUCUUUGCCGCUGUAAAAUAGUAGCUUAUACAGCAAUUUGUGCUGAGUAGCCGCUGGCAACUCCUGGUUUUUGGGUGGCAAAGAAUAAUUGAUUUGCAGUAGUUAGUCUAACAUUAGCCAUUAGUGAAAUGUCAAAUUAAACGACAAAAGAAAAACUAUUGCAUUCAUUCUUUGAAUGUUUUUGUUCAUGAUGUACAAGGUGUUUAACCUGAGCCAUGACGCACAGCAAUGACAGCAAUCAUUCCACAUCCAUACAGGUCAGCAGUUCACAGCUUUUAUUUUUUUAUUUUUUUGUAUCGGAUCGGUACUCUUUAUCGGCCGAUUUGCAGGUUCAGAUAUCAGAAUGGGAAUUGGGAAAGAAAAAUGUUAUUUUGUCAUCUCUACACCCUAGACCUGUCAAGUGGAUUUAUUUAAGUUUAUUGCAGCAGUAAAUCAAUGGCAGUCCAAAAAGCAAGAAUUUCAACCUGUUUAAAAAGCUUUCAUUUGGUGAAAAAUGAAGUUUUUUCUCAUACGUAAUUGUAAAAAAAAAAAAAAGACCAUUGUUGCCAAAUUCACAAAUCUCUCCUUAAAAAAGACUUAAAUCAGAUUGUGGUCAAGUGUGUCUCACAACUGUGAUUUCCACUGAAUCAAAAGAGCAUUUCAUCAGUUUCAGCCAAAACCCCCCUCCCAUGUAGAGCUUUCCGAAGUGUUACAGUGACUCCCUCGAGGGCUGAAUAGUGGAGUUUCCCCAAUUUCCCGGCAAACAGCAGAUGUUAAACACCUCAGUCAAGAUAUUUCUAGCAAGAAAUCCCUGCUGAUACUGCUUAGAUAAACAUUGUGAUAUCUAAUGUUCACUUUAUUUCAGUAGUUUGUUUACUAGUCAAACAGCAGGUUUUUUAAAUUUACGUUCGUUGAGUGCUUCAGUUUGUUCCUAGAAAAUUUUACAUUGUCUUCAUUUCAAAUAACAUGCUCUGAUUUUUCAUCUUGAACUGUGAUGAAAUGAGUUGAUUUCCUUUCCCUCCGUGUGCUUACAGCUUGUACAUGUGAAAGGUGAUUGUGUGCAUGUUAUGUAUGCUGAGGCGUAAAUCUACAUCCGCACCCACACGCUGUGUGUCCGCUCGGAGAAGUGAAGCUGCCGUCAUUUGUACAAUCUCGAUUUUGUGAACUGAAAGGCAAAUGGCUGGUUUGAUGAAAGCAGUGCUGUCAAAUGAUUAAAGGACUGUUUGCUUA